AUGAAAUUAUUUAUAGGAAUUUUUUUUUAUUUUACUAUUCUUAACACAUUUUAUGCAAAGAAUGGCAUGUAUAUCAGAAAUAAAAGAAAUACAUUUACAAAUAAAUUUAAAAAAAAAAAUAAUUUACAUAUUUUAAAUAAUGAUAAUGAAAAAAAUUUUUUACAAGUUAAAUCGGGAAAUAUAUAUGAUCCAUCAAUAGUAUCUAGAGAUAUGGAUAAUAAUGCAAUGGGAACAUCUACUCUUUAUUAUUCACGUUUAAUGUGGGGAGGUGUUAUUUUUUUGGUUAUGUUUAUUCUAGUUAGUAGUAUAGGAGUUUAUUUGUAUGUUGAUAAUUUAGAAUAUAAUUCUCCAAAAAAUAAGAGACAUAGAAAUAUAACAAAUUAUUAUGUUACUAAUCCUCAUUUUCCAUAA